AUGGGGAGACGGGCAACUGACCUGACCACUCCGGUUCCAGUUUUAGGCGUUCCGGCCUUGGUCGGGGUGCGUGCCUGGAAGACAACAGGAGGAGACAGAGGUGGGGGGACUCUGCUGAAGACGUGGGGACUUCAGUGCAGCGUUGGCGUUCAGACGUCCCCGAGGAUUAGCAAACCACCCACUGAGCUACCCGACACCCUCUCAGAGAACAUUACUCAAACAUCCGACGGAUAUAAUACCAAGGAAGCAACGGAGAUACCGCCGCUAACGAGAAGUGACAACGAGAAAAAGACUAUUCUAAAACAGAAAACUGGAGAAGCCAAGAUCAAAAAGGAAGUGACUUUCAAAGGAUGUGGAGGUGAUGCCUCAAAGGAUGUGGCCUGCUGUCGGAAGAGGAGUGGAGGGACUUAUUGCUAUGCCAGGGCAAUCAGAAGCAAUUCACUCAUAACAAGUGGAAGACCUAAAUUGAAAUCUGGUCCCCGUUACACCAAUGGCAGCGUGGUUGAUUCAGAGGCCAUUGGUGGAAUUAGCGUAGUUAACGACGAGCAAGAGCCAGUAAAGGGAGCUGUCUCUCAUGGGAGGGAUCCGCAGAAUCAUUAUGCAGAUCAGACUGAGAAGAUGCCGCCAUUAAUUGGUGCCCGACCUUUCGCUGUAUCUGGGAAAAUAUGCAGCAAUUGUGGUGGGAGGCAGCCAGUGACUUCCAGAGCUGCCAUUAGAAGCAGGAACAGUUCUAGUCCUUAUUCAUAUCUCACAGAGAAACCUUUAAAUCAACCAUUCACGCCACUUUUAACUAAUAACCAUUCCCAGGCACCUCACAUUGAAAAAAACUCCUUGAACAGCACCCUUAACCCUGACAAAAGCCCACAGACUAUAGUGGAACCACAAACACAGCACGUAAAUGAGCUAAAAGAUGUUAAAACGCCCUACCCUGCAUGCCCAGUGCACGCAAGAGGCCAUCUGGCCAAUCUGUCAGAUGAGCAGGCUGUCAGAGAUGGGGCAUCCAUCCAACCUGCAACCGUCCUACAUUCUAAGACCAUCACUGUCACAAAAGCCACGAUUGAAAGCAGACAGGAUGUAAAGUCAUUGGCUAAAUUCCCACAAUACAGUGACAAAAACUUCCCAGCAAGUCUUAAUUGGACUCCUGAAAUAGCUAAAAAAUCAGACAUGUCACGUUCAAACUGUAACCCUCUUUUAUGUGAGACAGCGCACUACAACUCUGCCCAAGAUCCUGGGCCUAAAAAUGUGUCUGUUUCCGUGCAUGCCUCACCUGAUAAUGCCAUAAGUCCACCUUCAUAUAUGUAUACUGUAGCAAAGGGAACUGGAAACACAUCCACCACAGGCACAGACAAAUCAAACACAACUUUUCCUCUGGAAGUUGGGUCCACUAAUAGUAAUGAUGCUAAAGCUGAUGCUCAAGAAAAAAACUUGAACUCAAUACAAAAAGUUCAGAGAAGCGAAGCAAAGGGCAAAUUUAACUUCCCCAGAAUGGAUGCUAAAUUACCAGCGUCAUCCUUGCCAGCAAACAUAUUUGACCACACUGAGAAAUCAGAGCCAAAUGUAAGUCUCACACCUGAAAGCUCAUCUUGUUACGCUUUUAAACCCCAAAAGGAGCCCCAGUCGGGCCCUAUCGGCCCAUCAGCAGAUAGAGUUCUGAACAGCGUGGUGAACUCACCUAUGGUGUCUUCCCCACAUUCACUUGUGAGCACUUUUAAUCAUAAAGCCCAUUUAACCGAAUUUAUGUCAGUGAGCACACAAUUCUCGUCUGUGGCUUCAAAAAUCGACUUAAUUCAAACGAGCACAUCAAACUCUGAGUCUGCGCUUCGUGUUUCUGCAUCUUCCGUACACACAUCUGCUACAUUUAAAUCUUUAGACUCAAAGGAAAAGUUGCCUAAAAGUGAAGCUCUCAGCUCCACAAGUAAACAAGGUAAUGGCACCUCCUACAAAAAUAUAACAUGCAGGACCAUCACAUUUGAUUUGAGGAAACCCACGACCCCCUCUUACUCACCAUUAUCUUCACAAAGAGAAAAACAAAAUAAUCUCCUGGCAUCAAGUGCAACUUUGCCACAGUCCAAAAAACUUAGCGGUGAUGAAGCCUCUGACACAAGCAAACAUCGUCUCUCACAAACAACAGACAUCAAAACUCAUGAAGGUAAUGAGCCAAAUGUUUGGGGUGUCAUUCCUAAUCAGGAAAACAACUCAAAAACGACUCCACCCGUGUCUGAGAAGCGAAACGUGUCAGAAAAUCAUGACAGAGGCGGUGAUGCUAACAGCCAUCACCCAAAACAAACCAUUAAUCGGAACGAGGACCUGUACUCUGAUCUAAACGAAGUAAGGGGUAAUCUAAUCAGUCAGUUAGUUGCACACGAGUCUAAACACCAGGCAAAUGGCGAUCUUUCACAGGUCACUUGCCCUCAGAAUUGCAUUUACUUAAUUAAGUCAAGCAGCUCUUGUUUGCAGGGUUGUCUGAGCACGGAACAACAGAAGCUUGCACAUUAUCAACGCCGCACAGGAACAGAAAGGCACAGCGCAGGACAGUCCACACCAAAACCCUCCCAGCACGCAGAUCCAAGCAUGCAACAGUUUGAAUCAGUUAGCGACGCCAGCGCAAACCUUAAAUCCACUAGCAACGGGCAGGCCCAUCCCAUUUAUGCACCGUCCUCACUGACGUCACAAACUAACUGGAAAACAUUCAACUCACGCAAAGACGAGCUGGUAAAACCCGCCGUCCAGUCUCCGGCCUGCCAAAACUCAGUUUUUUUUACCACAUUACUUACACAAGCACACUCAAGUGGAGAACGGCGUGUCACUGCGCCAGCAUCAUUAAGGAGUGAAGGAGAGCUCCGCGCAUCAAUGGGCACCCGGCAUAAUUCCACGAUGCCAUCGUCAACAUUACGCUUGGCAUCCGGUCCCUGCCUCCAGUCCAGUUCAAAGUUUAACCCUGCUCCCUCUCAGUCGUCCCCAGAGGAAAACAGCCUGGUUCUGUCCCGCCCAGCGGACACGGACGUGUCUCUGCAGCCCUCUACAGAGUGUUGCAAAUCAACCCUGCAGCAGAGGCUGGAGGCAGUGGAGGCCAGCCUGGAAGCCAACAAGGACCGGAUCACCACGCUGCUCAACAUCAUCCACGACCUGGAGACAUCUCACACUCCCACCGGCAGGCGACAGUGCUGCAAAACCGGACAGGAUCUGAAAAGCUGUUCCACCUGCCAGAAGACUGCUUGCAUCGUGUACAGUGUUGAAUAUGACUUCAGGCAACAGGAAAAAGGCUUUUUGGACGUUCUGAACCGCUCACCAGAUCAUGACAACACUUUAUCUGCACAUCUUGACCGGCCUUUAAACUUCAACCUGCUCAGAAAUGCCAUUAUCAAGAACUUGAGAAAGACUAAACUGAAAAGCAAAAAGUUUGGCAAGACCCUGCUCAAGUGGCUUCCAAGGAAAAUUCAGAAAGCUUAG